AUGCCGAACUCCGACGUAUUCACAUUCAUCUGCAAGUUCGCCAGGCUGAAGCGCAACGUUUUAGACAGCGACAAAACACCAACCAAACGCGAGCUCUUGCAAGUACUUAUGUCAAUGUACGACCCACUCGGCUUCAUCUCAUGCUUUACAAUAGAGCUGAAAAUCCUACUGCAAGAAGUCUGGAGAAGCGGCAUUGGCUGGGAUACUGGUUUGCCCGACGCAUUGUUACCCAAAUGGAUACGAUGGAAACAGAUCCUUACAACAAUCGCCGGAUUGACCAUCCCGAGAUGUUAUUUCAACAGCAGCGAUCAAAUCCAUGAUGUCCAGUUACACACGUUCGUUGACGCCAGCGAAUUGGCAUACGCAUCAGUCUGCUACCUUCGGAUACGCCAGGGGGAAAGAACCUACCUCAGCUUCGUGGCCUCCAAGGCGAAAGUGGCACCGUUGAGUCCACUAUCUAUACCAAGGAUGGAACUGCAGGCCGCAGUUAUCGGAGCAAAGCUGAGUAAGCGAAUCCAACGCAAUCCAAGUUUGUCAAUUAACUCGAGUUGUUAUUGGUCCGACUCAAAGACUGUUCUCAAAUGGCUUCGUAUGGAUCCACGAAAGUUUCAGCAAUUCGUCAUGCACCGCGUGGGCGAAAUACUGGAAUUCACAAACGUUAGCCAAUGGAACUGGGUUCCAACCAACCUUAACCCUGCAGAUCUUGCUACUAAAACAAACAACGCCAAUAAAUAUAAAACUUGGCUACACGGUCCAGACUAUUUGCUGCAGGAUCAACACGAGUGGCCAAAAUGCGAUGAUUUGGGGCCACCAAACAAUGCUGAAGUCAGGCAUAACAUACUCUUCAUCGACAAUUCGCCGAUGGAGCUAAAACUUAACGCGGAAUAUUUUUCCGACUGGCGCAGGCUAUAUCGAGCUUUAGCGCGCUUCAUUCUCUACAUUGAGAAACUGAAAGCGAAACAAAAGAAGGCAUCGCCACCUACAGAGAUGAAAACCAGCUCCUACGUACCCGAGGGCGAGCAGAAAACCUAA